UGCAAGCAUAUGCCAGAUGCGAUCUGCAAGCAUAUGCCACAUUCGAUGUGCAAGGAUAUGCGAUCUGCAAGCAUAUGCCAGAUUCGAUGUGCAAGCAUAUGCGAUCUGCAAGCAUAUGCGAUCUGCAAGCAUAUGCCACCUUCGAUGUGCAAGCAUAUGCGAUCUGCAAGCAUAUGCCAGAUUCGAUGUGCAAGCAUAUGCGAUCUGCAAGCAUAUGCGAUCUGCAAGCAUAUGCCACCUUCGAUGUGCAAGCAUAUG